AUGACUGUGUUCGAUGAGAGUCAAGAGGCAUACAUACAAACUCAACAGGAUGAGUCAACCAAUGCUCCAUCAUCUAAUAAUUAUAUGUCUUUCCCACCUACUAUGGAAACUAACAAGGAAUUUCCUAUAGAAAAUAAUGGCCAUAGAAAGCGAACUAGAACUCAACAUGAGAAUUCUAGCUCAAUUGAUACCAUGACCCGAGCUGAUGUUCAAGAAAAGAUUUCUCAUGGCAUGGAUUCUAUUACUGGAAUUGCAACUGACAUUCCAGAAAUGUUUAAGUUACUGGAGAAAAGGGAAAGAGAUAGAGAGAAAAAGGAAAUAGAGCACGAGAACAAUAUAUGGGAUGCUAUUAAAGAGACUCCUAAUUUGGAUAAUUGCACUCGCUACAAAGCACCAGCUUUCAUUCAUAAGUUUAGAUUGAAAGAUGCCUUUUUGAAAAUGUCACAUGAAGAGCAUUGGGAAUGGAUAAAAUAUAAUGUGGAAUAA